CGAAACGACGUCCGAAGACCUUCAGCUCGCAGCAGCUGCUGCUGGCUUUUCACUCGGCUUUGGAUUCUUGACUGUAGUCCGCGCAUGCAAGCAGACGAGAGCGAACAGGGCUCCCGCCCGAAGCAUGUAUAUCUACAUGCUUUGGGGGGAGAUUUUGCAAAUCUUGUCCUUGGAAUCCUCACAUGGCUCUAUCUCAAAGACGUCGUGAAAACUACUCCAGUCUUACUCUUCUUCAUCCUCAUCUUCUACGCGCUCGAAGUGCAACUCCUAAUGCAAAUCAUCAUUAACCGAAUCGCUGUCAUUGCGGAACGAAGACCUACUGCGACAAAGCUCAAGAUCGCAACUGCGGUCAUAAUUUCAUGCAUCAAUAUCGCCGUCUUUUGCAUCUUCAUUCCAUCACACAUGAUGCCACCGGCAAAUCAAACCUUUGUCAAUAUCAACAAAUAUUGGGAUCGUCUUUCGAAAGUCUUGAUUAUGCUUGUGGAUGCUUUCUUGAAUUGGUACUUUGUCUUUGUCGUGAGGGCACGCCUUGUCAAGUACCAUGGCCUCAGAAAAUACAAGCCCUUGAUCGGGUAUUACACUCGUUUGGGUCUGGUAUCGGUCGCCAUGGAUCUAAACAUCGAAAUGUCUGUGAGUAUAUCAACUGAUUUCACUGCCUUUCCAAGAAUUCCUGCUAAUCAUAACUGGCGCAGNAUGGCAGACAUGAUAGUCAAGGUCGCUCGAACAUCCGAAAACGACGUCAAGCCAAAAUCGUCUUCACAUGGACCUUUUCCAGAACAGUCAAGACGAAACCACACCCGGACCCUUCGCGGUGACGACGAUAUCAAUAUCGGACCUCAGAACACCGCAGUGAUCGGUCAUUCCCAACUCGACCACGCACAACGAGAAGACAUCAAAGGCAUAUCUCGACAGAGAGAGGUGCAGGUCUAUGUUGGAGACGCGGAUAGCGAUUUCCAUACUGAGAGUAUUGAGAACGGCAAAGAGCAAAGCGGGAGCAGGGAAAAUUCGUAUGAAUCGCAGGUUCCGUUAAAGGAUCUCGGAAGAUUAUCAGAGGAAGCGCGAUGA